CCGCUGAUCUCAGCUCAGAGACGGAGAGGACGAGAGGAAGAGUCUCAGCUCAUGAUGCCAGUUUGUGAAGAUCUCAUCUGAUGGUCAUUCUUCUGUUCUUGAUCGAAACUCGCCUCUUUGUCAGUGAUGGACCAGAAGAAGACGGUGAUCGUGACAGGUUUCGGACCGUUUGGUGAACAUGCGGUCAAUGCCAGCUGGGUGGCAGUACAGGAGCUGGAGAAACUGGGUUUGGGUGACGAAAUAAACCUUCAUGUUGCUGAAGUUCCUGUGGAGUAUCAGGCCGUCCAAACUCUCCUGCCGUCUCUAUGGAAACAGCACCUCCCACAAUUAGUUGUCCACGUUGGAGUUUCGGGGAUGGCCACCACAGUAACACUGGAACAGUGUGGUCAUAACCAGGGUUACAUGCGGCUGGACAACUGCCGGUUCUGUCCCGAGUCCCGCUGCUGUAAGGAGGGAGGACCCGACUGCAUUCAUUCUGUCAUAGACAUGGAGGCGGUCUGCAAGAGAGUCAACUCCUCAGGGCUCGGGGUCUCUGUGUCUGUCUCGAAGGACGCUGGCAGGUAUCUGUGUGACUACACCUACUACACGUCUCUGUUUCUGGGCGACGGCAGAUCUGCGUUUGUCCAUGUUCCUCCUCUGGGAAAACCGUACAGCGCAGAGGAUCUGGCUCGCGCCCUCAGAGCCGUCGUUCUGGAGAUGCUUGAACUGAUGGAGCAAAACAAGGGAAAGAAACACUGUCUGCACCACCAGUGAGAGUCUCACACACUCUUGUUUGGAUUCAAGAGCUCAUGCACAUUUGAAGACUUCGAUAUUUUAACUUGUGUGCUACGUACACGGAGCAUUCGGCUGGUGUGAGAGUCGACUCGUGUGCUAAACUCAAUCCUGGGCUCAAAUCAUUAAGAAAGCACUUUAAUGGGGUAUACUUGAAACAUGCAGAGAUUUGGUAUUAUGCAUAAUGUGAAAACCGUGUCGAAACUAUAGUAUGUCUAUUUCUCUCACCGUCGUCUUGUUUUAAAUAUUCGUUUUUUAACAGAUUACGUGCUAACGCUUUACAAUAAGGUUUCAUUUGCUAAUACUAACAUGAACAAUACAUCUACAGCAUUUAUUAAUCUUGGGUGAUACAUUUUUAAGCUCAAAUGUUGAAUCUUUAAAUGCACUGUGAACUAACAUGAGCAUUGUUAUUAACUAUCAUGAACAAAUGCUGAAAACAGUUAGUGCUCAUUGUAGGGCUGUCAAAAGAGUAAUCGCGAUUAAUCGCAUCCAAAAUAAAAG